UCUCUCUCUCUCUCUCUCUCUCUCUUCUAUUCCUAAUCUCCCCCCCUUUUUUUGAAUUGAAUCGAUUACCAGUCCAACACUACCGCUAAAAAAUCCGCAUCAAAUCUAAACACUCUUAUAAACCCCACCUCCCCUCCCAUCUCAAUGGCCUUUCAUGUCGCUUGCCCAAUUACAUGCCAGAGAAUUUGCUUUUGCACUCUUGGGUUCCCUGAGAAUUUGCAGAGUGAGAAAGGGAGGAGAGCUUUUGUGGAUGAAGUCAAUGUUCUUGAGGAUAUUUUGAAGGAUCCUUGGUUUCUCAGAGCUGGUGGGCGAAAAACCUUGCAGGUUCAAGUUCCUCAUGUUGAAAAAGGCGAUGGGUUAUCCAAGAAACAAGGGGAUUCGGUUACGGGUGUUGAUGGAGAAGGUGAGGAGCUUCAGUCCGUUCAGACAAAGCGUGUUUCGUUGCAAAAGAAGGCCAUUGCUGCUUCAUUGGCUGCUGAAGAUCUUGCCCGGAGGUUUGAAACCGGCAAUUUUGCAGAUGUUUCUGGGGCUUCUAUCAAAGAUCAAAAUGGAGAUGAUCGUGAUGGUUCUGCUGUCAAGGUUAUGUGUCGGAUGUGCUUCUCUGCUGAAAGUGAAGGGAGUAGUAGAGCUGCCAGGAUGCUAUCGUGCAAAACUUGUAACAAGAAGUAUCACAGGAACUGCUUGAAAUCUUGGGCAAAUCAUAGAGAUUUAUUUGAUUGGCAUUCAUGGGUUUGUGCCUCCUGCCGCAUUUGUGAGGUAUGCAGAAGGUCUGGAGAUCCAAAUAAGUUAAUGUUCUGUAAACGAUGUGAUGCUGCCUGCCAUUCGUAUUGUCAGCAACCUCCACACAAGAAUGUUACCCCUGGGCCGUAUUUAUGCCCCAAGCAUACGAGGUGCCACAGUUGUGGGUCCACUGUUCCUGGAAGUGGCUCAAGUACAAGGUGGUUUUUAGGGUAUACUUGCUGUGAUGCAUGUGGGAGGCUCUUUGUUAAGGGAAAGUACUGCCCAGUAUGUUUGAAGGUUUACAGGGAUUCAGAAUCCACACCAAUGGUUUGUUGUGAUGCUUGUGGGCGUUGGGUUCACUGCCAUUGUGAUGGAAUCAGUGAUGAAAAAUACCAGGAAUUCCAAACAGAUAGAAACUUGUACUACAAAUGUGCUUGUUGCCGUGGUGACUGUUACGAGGUGAGGGACCUUGAUGAUGCUGUUCAAGAGCUUUGGAGGAGGAGAGAUGAUGCUGAACAGGAUCAGAUUGCCAACUCUAGAGCUGCUGCUGGUUUAAUUACACAUGAAGACCGUGUACCUCUUUCUCCUUCGUCAGAUGAUGAGCAGCACCCACAUAUUGUAUCGAAAGGUGAAUUUGGAAGAACUUUAAAGUUUUCUGUAAAGGGCAUAUCUGAGAAAGUAUUGAAAAGUGUGAAGGAACAAGGGAAGUACUCAAACAAUGGACUACUGAGCAAAAAAUAUGCAAAGAAAAAGACUUCACAGACACAAUCAAAUGGAAAAACUGAAGGUUUGAAUGAAAUGCUUGGGGCCCAUGCGGAGAACAGUUUGGGAGAUCAUAAGGUUGAUGGUUCAAGGCUUGAAGUUGCUAGUGCGGCGGGUUCUAUGCCUUCAAAUACCUUAAGCAUUGGGAAUGAAUCAGAAAAUUCCCCAAUCAGUCAAUCGGGUAUUGGAAGCAAGGUCUUUGUUCAAGGAGCAGCAGUACACAGUGAUACAAGAAACCCUAAAAUAGUCAAAAUUAAGAGCUCCAAAUCACGGGUUGUGGAUCUCGAGGAUGCUUCUGGAAAGCUUGCCAGCGCUCCUGAGGGAGGGAAACGGCCUAAAAUAGUUAUACAUUUAUCAAAGAAAGGGACUGCAAAUGAUGUCUCAAGAUCUGAUGCUUCAAAUUCUCAUAGAGAGCAGUCUUCAGCGGCUUCAGGUAGUGAAGAUGUGAGUCAGAAGGAGAUGCAUAUACUUGGGCUGCAUGACCAAAUUGCCAUGAUUGAUGAUGAUAGAGGAUUCAAAGAUGAUAUUUCAAGCCACCCAAGUACUUUAAUGGAGAGAGGCAAGCCAGGGGGCGUGAUCAAACAUUGCAACAUUAAACCAGAAGAUUCUCGACUGGGAAGCCCCAAUGUUGGAGGGGAAACUGAUAAAGGGGCAUUCGAGUCUAUUCCAGAGGAAAGAAUUCCUUCAGUUACUGGAAAGAGGAAAACCAGAGGGAACACAUCAGAGGAAGAUAUUUUCUUGAGAAAUGAUACACCUGCCAUAGUUGAUUCAUCUUCAUCUAAGCUGUCAUUAAAGUUCAAAUUAAAGAAUCCUAGCCAUAGUUUAUGGGGUCCACAAGGGGAUGGAGAUGAGAAGAAUUCAGUCAAAGGGCAGAGGUCAAAGAGAAAGCGACCAAUUUCUCUAGCUGAGAAUGGGUCAUUUGUGCCUAGGGAUGAUCCAAUAAAUGAAGUGGGUGAUCCAAUAAAUGAAGUUUUGGAUGCCAACUGGAUAUUGAAGAAGUUGGGUAAAGAUGCUGUUGGAAAGAGAGUUGAAGUUCAUCAACCAUCAGAUAAUUCUUGGCAUGAAGGCGUGGUGACAAACAUGAUUGAGGGGUCUUCAACUCUCUCUGUUCAGCUAGAUGAUGGGAGGGACAGGACUUUGGAUUUAGGGAAGCAAGGCAUCCGUUUCAUCUCACAGAAACACAGACGUUUGAGAUAGUAUUCUCUUCUAAAUUUUUAGAUAUAAUUUUUAUUUUUUUAGGCCUUUUUUUUAGCAUCAAAGAGCUGCUCCUCAAGGGCUUUCAUGGGCCUUCUUUUGUAAAAUCAAGUUAAGAGCUCCUGUUGGUUUGUAUAUUAGAGAAUGGUGUGGGUCUCCUGCAGAACUGCCUUCUUCUCAAUUGUUUCCAUGUACUCGCCCAUUAUGUAAUCCCCCAUUACAAGAAGUACCCCUGUUACUCAAUACUGGACA